GUCCUCGAUAGCCUGUCUCAGUGCUAAGCUGUGUACGAAUAUUAAAUAAUAUUCUGGCAACCCCAUCUAAUGUGACGCAGGAACAUGUUAGUGUUGACGUCAUUCGUGGGUAGCAUUUCUGUAUUCAAUGAUAUUAAACGGUGAAAGUUAUUAUGUAAAUAAAGUUACUAAAGUAAAUUAAUCGUAAUGCAACGAAAAAAAUAUCGUUGGUGUGUAGUACCCCAAUGUAGGAAUACUUCUAAAUCUUCUCCAAAUAAAUUAUUCAUUGAUGUACCGCGUAAAGCAGAUAUAAGAAGAAAAUGGUUAGACCUAGCAAGGCGAAACCACCAAAAUAUGUCUGUGACUUCACCUGUCUACUUUUGUGAAGAUCACUUCGAUCUGCCAAACGACAUGGAAAACUACAUGCGAUAUCAUGUAAUGGGCUAUGUAAAAAAAAUUACUCUGAAACCUGGAUGUCUUCCUUCGAAAUUUCAUUGUCAAACUGAUAGAGUAAAAACUAAGCCAUCAAAAUAUUCAUCUCAUAUCACUGCUGUCACAAACCAAAUAUUGACAGUAAUACAAGAAGCUCUAGAAGAAAGUAAAUUGCAGAGUAGUAAAGAACAAUCAAUUGUUCAUAUCCAGAAUAAUACUAUAUUGGACAGCUGCAAAUGUCGAAUGAUUCGGUCGUUGGCUUCAGAAUUGAUACACGGAAUGAAACCGGAUAGCGAAAUCUGGGCGAAUAUGAAGACGCACCUCGAAAGCAACAAAUUGCUGUGGGACCACAUGAAAACCGUAGUACUGAACAAACUGAAGAAGCUUUACGCGGCAGAAGAUAAGAACGAAAACUUGCCGGCUAACGAUCGAAUGUCGCAGGCGGAUUGGCUAUUAUUCGACUUUGCUCUCGUCCACGAGAAAAUAGACCUUAUAGAAAGAGAUGGUAUGAGAUGUCAAACUCAGGAUCGUCAGCCGUUGAUUGAUCUCUUCGAGCUGGUGACGAAGUUUGACAUAGAGGACAGGUCCGGAGACAGUCUGGCCGGCGCCUGGACUGCGGCCACCGCCCUCUACAACUCGAGGGGUCAUCAGUGCUCACCGAUGCUACUGCAGAAGCGUUGGUAUCAGCUGAAGGAGGUGACCAGGGAAUCGCUAUAUGAGUACUGGUACGCCUCCCGCGAGAACUCUCCUUCGUCGGCCGAGUCUAUACAAAGACCAACCAAAUUACAGAGAGCCGUAGCCCAGAAAUACCCGUCAAUAAUAACGAGCGCGUUUCCGGAAUGGCGGGAACUGAUCGAGAACAGACUUGUAGUAAUGUCUGAAGACCUCGAAAGGAAUAAUUGGAUGAGCAACGCGAAAUCUCCGAUAGACACUGAAUCUAAACCAGACUUAGAAGUCGUUGAACCUUUCAUAGAAACGAUAGAUGUGGACCAAGAUUUGGACAACGAAACAAGGAAGCACAGGAGAAGAAGCGAAGAGAACACUGAAACCAAUGGAAUGAUUAUUGAAAUAAAAUCCGAACCUAGAGAUUUUGAAGAUCUGAUUGACUCAUUACAAAAUACCGAAAUACCAUUACACACUGGCAAAACAGGAAAAAUGAUCGAAAAUGAAACAUGCAAUAAUGUUUCUGGUGAAGAUGUGGUAAAGACCGAAAAUUAUAGAAAUAUUUCUCCCAUUCUCGAUCACCUUCGCGACACGACCCAAAAUUCAAAUGAAACAGAAGCCAAAUUGAAUAUCGAUAUAGUACCGAAAAUUGCUGGUGUCUACGGCAACGUCGAUAUGUUAAGUAAAAUUAUAAAUUUGCAUGAUUCUCAAAUAAGUACAGAACCAACAGCUACAAAAGUAGUUGAAGAUGAAUCAAUGAGAGGAAAUGAAAUUGAAUUUCACCAAGACGAUGCAACUAGCAAUGAUUCUAAUGCAAUAAAAGACAGAGGCUUGCAAGACACAAAUAUAAUGUUGAAAUGUGAAACAGAAGACCCAUCGCAUUUGAAUAUCUUUGAUAAUGGAAUAGAAUUUGCUGAUAAUAAAAUUCAGUUUAUUGAAAAGGACCAUGUAAAUACAGCUUACGCUAUUCAGAUAAAGAAUGAAUUCACGUUACCGAAUACAAAUUGUGAAAAUGCAAAUAGUACACAAACUUCUGAAUUUACCAAGCAACCAUUUGUCAUAAAGGAAGGCGAAGAGAAAAUGUCAAAAAACGAAUCGCCUCGUAAUGACAUAAAUAACAAAAGCUCAAAACAACUGAACGUUUCCGAAAUCGCUGCUAAACGACCGACUGAGAUCAGUAAAGUGAUGACUGGAAAUAACUCUGAUAUUAGCAAUACAAUAAACAACGAUUUGUUCGCGGAAAGUAAAACUGCUGAAAAAAAUGAGAAUAGAACAGACGAUAGUAUGAAAGUGAAAAUGUCUAGUUACUUAUUUCAUAAACCCCGAAAUCGUUCGUAUGAUCCUACACAGCUUUGCAAGAAUCCGGACUUUAACAAGAAGUUGAAAAGAUUAACGGAUGCAUUCUUAAGUUCGCCGCGUAACAGGGUACUGCUCAAUGCUUGCAGGCCGAUCACUGUUGAUGUAAUGAAGGCGAUUGAAUCCAAACUGUUCAACGGUACAGUGUACUUGAAGGACUGCGACCAAUUGAACUCGAAUGUUCCAGACCGCGGCGCCGUUAGCGACACUGCGACGCGAGUUCCUUCAACAAUCGCUUCCCGGAGCUCAACAAAUAUUCGUUUAGUCAAUCCUGAUCAUUUAAUGCCGCUAUCGAAAUGUAACACAUCGAAUUUAACACAAGAAAGUUGUGGUGAUGCGAUGGAGAUAAACAGGAAGAUCAAUCAACCAGAUAUAACAGAAGUUCCUUGCUCAAAUCAAAGUUGGCUGACAAUUGAAGUGCCGCCCCUUAGCGUGCGAACUAAUAAUGAAAGCAUAACAACUCCAGAACCCAAUUCAACCCUGUCAUGUAAAGAAAAAGAAACCGGUAUUUCGUCCAAAAAGAAACCAAGAAAAGAAUUUUCAAUUGUGAAUGAUGGUUUUCUUACCCUCGACCUCCUCAACAAAAUGUUACUGAAAAUCGAUGAAGAGGAACAUUUUUAUAAUCCUUCCAAAGUAAAUUUUGGUACAUCGUCUCAGAUACUGAAGCCAAACGCAAAAAAAUCCAUUCUUCAGAAAAACAAAAGUAUUCCCAAUGUUGAAAUACAAAUCUGUCCCUGUAGGUCUUCUGCACAAAAUACAACAAAAAUGGUGUCAGCUGUCGAACUGUUGAGUGAGCGAAAUUAUUCCGCUGCGAGUGACAGUCCUAACGUUACAGACAACAUCGUGGCUGACAGUGAAUGUAAAAUCGUUGAACCGGUAUUCGCGCAGGAACAAUAUCAGACUUACAAACAUGAAAUGAUAAAUACGACAUCUAACGUAAAGACUCUAGUGAUAGAACCAAUCUUCAAUCAUGUUGCCGAACAAUCUAAAAAACUUAUGUUUUUGGCUUCGCUUGCGUCUCAACAAACGUUAGAUAAAUGGAAAGCAAUAGAUGAAACUUCUUACGUUAAUGUAGAAAAUAACUACGAGAUCGCUGGAAAGAUCGUAAAAGUUGACGGAAACUUCAAUCUAAAUAAAAGUAUAAAUAAUGUUAACCCUCCCCACAGUAGACGCAUAUUGGGUCAAACACGUAAACCACGUGUAAAAAAAUUUAAUGAUAUACUUACAUAGUACCCUAACGAGACUGAAAUUGUGUUUGAUCAGAAUACAGUGAUGGAUGAUAAUGUAAACAUACCAGUUAAUAGUUAUGGUAUAUAUCCCGGACGUCCAUCUGAGAACAAAUAAUAAACGGUGAAUCAACGCGAGAGAUCACGCCGAUCGUCGAAUUGGAUACAUAAAAAAUCAACCCACUACUUGUCGAGUCGACAAUACAGAAACAACUCAUCGAAAAUAGAAGAAUUCUUCCUCUAUCCCAAACUUGAUUUAUGAAUAUAUGACAGUAUAAAUAAUAAAGGUGAAAAUUUGUGGAAUUUUAAUCUUGGA